AUGAGGCUCACUCCCGAGUUUGUGUCCAGGUCCCAGUCGCACCUCAACCCGCUCAAGGAGCGUGAGCUCGACUUGCGAGGACUUGCCAUUCCCGUGAUUGAGAACCUCGCGAGCCACCAGGGCACAUACGACACGCUCAACCUCACCGACAACUCGAUCACUGUGCUGGGCAACAUUCCGCUCGCUACGCGUUUACAAGCGAUCCACGCUGCCCAGAACCAGAUCUCGUCCAUUGCCCCCUCGCUGCCGACCCAGAUUCCCAACUUGGUCACAUUGGUGUUGACAGACAACGCCAUCUCGUCUCUCGCCACUUUGCUUCCUCUUGCCGACUUGGCAAACCUGCGAAACCUCGUGUUGCGAGGCAACCCCGUGACCGAGCACGAGCACUACAAAGAGUUUGUAGUGUGCAAGGUCGCGCGCGGCAAGCUGCACACGCUCGACUAUGAGCGGAUCAAGGACGAGGUCCGCGACCGCUCCCGCCGCCUGCUCACCGACGCCGAGACCGGCCGGCCAAACGAGCUCGCCAACAAGCUGUCCAUCCCCUCGUCGUCGGCCGUUCCGGGAACCACGGCCAUGUCGGCCGCUGCAAAGGCUGCGGCGCGCGGCGCGGCCGCAGGCGACAAGGGCCGCCUCAUGACCCCCGAAGAGAAGAAGCGCGUCCUCGAGGCCCUGACGCGCGCGUCCACCGCCGACGAGGUGCGCAAGCUCGAGCGCAUGCUGGCCGACGGCCUGAUACCCGAGGGCGAGAGUGUGGCUGCCAUCACCGCCUGA